AUGGCUUCUCUUGCUGGCAAGUUCGAGCAACAAGCUGCUGCCCAGAACGUGCGUCCUCCCGCGCCAAAGCCCUCCGUUUCCGUCGAGAAGGCCGGCUGGAAGGCCAACGGCAACAGCGGCGGCGGCCACACCGCCCACGACGGCAAGUUCAAGAAGUCUGAGGGUGGCAAGAAGGUCGUGUACGCGCCCGGCGCCCUGCCCGCCAAGAAGAGCCUUUCCGACUUGCCCUGA